CCUUUAGUCACAUAUAAUAAAAGUAAUUAUAGUUAGGAGUAAUUCUUGACGUUCAAGAAGCUUUUUCUUUUAGUUUCAAUGCUUAACUGAUUAGUUUAACUGAUUUUCAAUACUUUGGAUCUUAAAGUCUAUAUAUAAAAUUGAAAUUGGAUUUUUUUUUUGUUAUUUAGUUAUUUUAUUUGGUGUUUAAUAAGUUAAGAACAAUCAUUUAUUAUUUAUGUUUUACGUCUAUUCGCUUAAAUCGAAUCGAAUCGAGUCAAAUUGAAUCGAAUUGAAUUAUGAGAGGUACGAAGUUAGUAGUCAAUAGUCCUUUCUCAUACAAGAUCGUCCAAUAGUAUUGGACGGUGUAUUAGAAAUUAUACCAAAGCUACAGUUGGUACGAUUCGUCAGUGUUGCACCAUUCUUGUAGUUUUGAACAAGUUUGAAUUUGUAGAAUUUAACGUACUCUUCGACUAUUGUGUGUCAUUCUCACUUUUUGUGUGUUAAUUGCAUUUUCUUAUCUUUUGAUAUGAGUGAUAUCGACGAUAAAUUAAGUAAUCAUGAAAGAGGUAAAAUUAAUGAUCAGUGUGGACAUUUAAUUUUCUCUUUUUUUGCAGGGACGGAUAUCCGUAAAUCAGCAGAUGAAAUGGAUGAACAACGUCAUAAGACAGUUGCUUAUGAGUACCUCUGUCAUUUAGAGGAAGCCAAGAAGUGGAUGGAAGCAUGUCUUAGAGAAACUUUACCGCCAACGACUGAGUUAGAAGAGAAUUUAAGAAAUGGAGUGUAUUUAGCAAAACUUGCCCAUUUUAUGGCACCUGAAUCCUUGUCUGUUCAUAAAAUAUAUGACUCUGAACAAAAGCGCUAUGCAGCAGUUGGUUUACAAUUUAAACAUACAGAUAAUAUUAACCACUUUUUAAAGUGCUUAAAAUCCAUGAAGUUACCACUAAUUUUUCAGCCAGAAACAACAGAUAUCUACGAUAAAAAAAAUAUGCCUCGUGCAAUAUAUUGUAUUCAUGCCCUGAGUACUCAUUUGUUUAAACUGGGCAAAGCUCCACAAAUUCAAGACUUAUAUGGGAAAGUGAAUUUUACUGAGGAAGAAAUAAAUGCUGUUAGUAAGGAAUUAAAGAAAUAUGGAAUUCAAAUGCCUUCGUUCCAAAAAAUUGGCGGCUUGUUAGCAAAUAGUAUGGAGAUUGAUGCAGCAACACUUCAUGCUGCAGUAAUAGCAGUCAAUCAAUCUAUUGCAGAAAAAAAUAAUGAGAAAAUAUUAACUGCUCUUCAAAAUAAAGUAGUGCAGUUGAACAAUAUUAUGCCUUGCUACUGUAAGGAAUACACUGAUGCCUUGUUUGAAGCAAAGGAAUCUAAAAUACAAGCUAUGCUUAAUAGAUCUCUUAAUGAUACUUAUGUACCAGAUGUAUAUGAUGAAUUAUUAACUCAAGCAGAAAUUCAAGGUCAUAUUAAUUGUGUUAAUGUUCAGUGUACUAUGAAAAAUAUAAUUCAGUCUAUUUGUUGUAAAAAUAAUGAUUUUAUGGAUAUAUUAAAGACGUCUACAUUGUGUUUAAAAAAUAUCAUUCACGAGAACGCGCAAUUGUAUAAAGAACAACUAAUGCAAUUAUUAGAAAGCUCUGAAUGGAACAAUAUAUAUUCAGAAAGCAAUUAUCAUCAUUGGAAGCAACUAUUUCAAAAGGAAAUUGAUAAAGCAAAUGAAAUCGCACUUAAAUCUCGGAAACGUGAGGAUUGUGUAAAGCUUUUAAAUUUAAUAUUACAAAAUGGUGUACGAGAUGAUUUUUAUGAAGUUCUAAAAAAACCUGACUUAGGAUUGAGAGAAAAAAUUGAUGAUUUUGCAUUACCGUUAUAUUAUGAAGAGAUGAAAAUUGAUCGUAUUGAAUCGCAGAACGACCUUUCAUAUAGCGAUAUUAUAGCCAGUACGCGUGUUUUAUCAACGAUUGCAGAAAUUAGUAAAGCUGUAGACACGGGAAAUCCAGAUUUAGUUUAUCAAGCAUUGACAAACCCAGAUUGCCAUGUUUCUGAAUUAGAUCAAGGGACUAAAGUAAAGUAUUAUAGAGCAUUAGCGGCAGUUCGAUGUAAAAAGCAGGCAGCUGAUGAAGAAUGUCCUUUAUUAACAUAUAUCGAUAUUCAAGAUUGCAUUGAUGCUGUCAAUCAGCAGUGCCAAAUUGAUGAUGAGGUAAUACAAGUUCUACGUCAAUUAAACUCUGCUGUCGUAGAAAACGACCGAAAUGGUAUUAUAGCUGCUUUAAAAAAUUCUAUUUUAAAAUUACAAACCCCUGUUUCACCAGAAGAUGUAUCUCUUUAUUUGAAAUUAUUUAAAAAACGCCUCGAAGAAAAACAUAUUGAUGGUUCUGAAUUGUGGCUAGAAGAUGUAGAAAAUGUAACAAAAGUUGUUAAUACAGAAUCUUUGAACGUUAAAAAUGUCUGUAAAUUUUUAUCAAACAUUAAUACUGGAUUAGAGCGAAAUGAUGUGUUACUUACACUUCAAUGCCUCCAAAAAUUUGGUAUUAAAAUACCAGAGGAAUAUGAAGCAAACUGUUAUAAAACCUUAUACAAUUUAAAAAAUAUGAAGAGUGAAAAGUACAAUUGCGAACUUGUUCAUUAUGUUACUCGUAAGAAUAAUGAAUCCUAUUUAGAUUUAAAAAACUACAGUUAUACUUGGGAUUGUCCAAAAAAUAUGACGGAAACAUUUUAUAUUGACAUGGAAGACAUAAAAGAAUUAAUAAAAAGUAUUACUGCAAGAGAAUACGAAAAGAGUAGAAUAAAUAAUCAGAUAAUCUGGUUCCAAGCUUAUGCCCGUGGAUAUUUACUGAGAAAAAAACUUUCUAUUAGGUUUACAUAUUUUUAUAAUAAUGUAGAUAAAAUUAUUCGAAUCCAAGCUUGGUGGAGAAGUGUAGUACAGCGUAAACAAUAUAUGAAAUUACUAGAAGAUAAAAAAAAAUAUAAUGUAAAAGAAUUUCAAAAUACGUCUUUGGAAGUGGAAACUAAAUAUGCAAACAUAUUGGAUUAUUAUAGAAAACAUGAAGAAAAAAUUAUAAAAAUACAAGCCUUCUGGCGGAGUCGUGCCGAAAGACAUGCUUUCCGUUCACUGUUAUAUAAGGAAAAACCACCAUUUCCUGUAGUUCGUCAUUUUUCUGCGAUUUUAAAUUUUAAUGCAGAGGAUUAUGACAAAGACUUACAGUUACAAAAUUUAAAACUCGAAGUUGUGCAAAAUAUACGACACAACCAGGUUUUAUCCCAACAAUUGGAUAGUAUGGAUAUAAAAAUUGGUUUACUUAUACAAAAUAGAAUUACACUACAAGAUGUUGUAGCCCAUGGGAAGAGCUUAGAAACUCUUGCAAAGCAAAAGCAUUCCAACAGAGAUCGAAGAAGCUCUUCAUCAGAUGGUGUUAUUUCACACAAAGGCUUAAAAUCAUUAACUAAAGAAGGUCGAAAAAUGUUGGAAGGAUAUCAACAUUUGUUUUAUGCACUGCAAACUAAUCCAAGAUACUUAUCAAAACUUUUAUUCCUCUUACCUCAAAGUAAAACGAAUAAGUUUCUCCAAAAUGUAAUUUUAACAUUGUUUAACUUUGGAUCAAAUAUCAGAGAAGAAUAUUUGUUAUUAAAAUUAUUUGGUAGUGCAUUACAAGAAGAAAUCAGAUGUAAAUUUCAAAAACCAUCUGAAGUCGUUACCGGAAACCCUCUUGUCUUGAAAAUGGCAGUAAAUUAUGCACGGCAAUUAAAUGGCCAAAGAGCUUUGAGGCAAAUUGUUGGACCAAUUAUUGAAAAAAUUUUAGCCGAUCGUACAUUAAGUAUAGAAACGAAUCCCGUUGAUAUUUAUAAGUGCUGGCGAAAUCAGUUAGAAAUGGAAACAGGAGAAACAUUGAAUUUGCCUUAUACAGUAACACAACAACAGGCUUUAGAUUAUGAGCAAGUACAAAUUAGAUUAAAUAAAGGAAUAGAAUUAUUGCAAAGUACUGUUUUAGAAUUUUUGACUAAAAUAACUGAAUCACGAGAUUUAAUACCAUAUGGAAUGUUAUAUAUGGCUAAAAUUUUAAACGACUCCUUAACUGAAAAAUUCCCAAAUGCUCCAGAAAAAGAUAUUUUGAAAGUAGUGGGAAAUUUGAUUUAUUAUCAUUUUAUAAAUGCAGCUAUUGUAGCUCCAGAUGCUUUCGAUAUAAUUACAUUACCAAUUGAUAGAUCAUUAUCAAACGAUCAACGAAGGAAUUUAGCGAGUAUUGCAAAAAUAUUACAAUUUGCUGCUUCUAAGAAAGGGUUUGGUGAAGAGGCCACACAUCUAGUUUGUUUGAAUCCAUUUAUAAUUGAAUGCCAUGAAAAGUUUAAAAAAUUCUUCCGUUAUUGUUGUCAAAUUGAAGAUCUAGAAGAACAUUUUUGUAUACACGAAUAUACGGAAGCCACGCUCAUUCAGAAACCUGAGAUUUAUAUUUCUUUACAGGAAAUUUGUGACACUCAUUGUCUUAUGUUAGAAUAUCAAGAUCGGAUAGCAUCAGAUCCAAUGGAUUCCUUACAUGAUUUGUUGGAUGAUUUAGGUCCUGCACCAACUGUUGCAUCUUUACUUGGAAUCUCUGAUGUUGCUUGUGAAACGAAUUUAAUACGCUUUGGGAAAAUGGAAGUAUGUCUGGUACUCACGAAUAAAUUUCAAGUACUAGAAGACGAAGACGCUAGUUUGAACAGGCUCUUCAUAAAAACGAAAGAAUUAUUGGUUUCUGUACUGCAGUUCUUAAAAGGUCAAACAUUAGUUAAAGCUCUAGAAGUUCCUGUAUGCUCUCCUGUACAAAAAGAUCUACACGACAUAAAAUGCUCCAGCUUAUCGCCUACUUUAACAACUAUUCAUAAGAGUUCAUCCUUGAAUGAUUGUAAGCUUCAGUUACGGGCGUAUCUUAAUAAACUCGAACUUGACGGAUGGGUCAAUCGAGACGAUGGGUAUCAAAAUAUUAUAACUGCAGUGGCCAAAGAUCUUUGUAAUAAAGGAAAAUAUCGAAUUAUUCGGAAUAAAGAAUUACAGACUUUACGAACAACUAAACAAAGACUGGAAGAAAAAUGCAAAUAUUACCAAGAACAAGUAGAGUACUAUAAUGAAUAUAUACAACGAUGUUUGGAGAAUCUACACACGGGCAAAGGAUCUUUGCGAGCAUUUAAAGCCAGUCAAAAAAAUAAUCACGUUAAAUUAAGAUCUAAGAUGACACUGAAAUAUUCUGCGGCCAAACUACAAGAAAAGGGAGUACUGUUAGAAGUUGAUGGACUUCCACAAUCGCAGUUUAAAAAUGUAAUUUUUGAAAUAAGUCCAACAGAACAUAGUGGUCUUUUCAGCGUACGUUGUAAAUUUAUGGGAGUAGAAAUGGAAAAGAUUGAUAUCGACAUACAAAAAUUGCUUGAGUUACAGUUUGAAGGUGCACCAAUUAUGGAUAUGUUUGGUAAAGCAAAAGUUAAUGUAAAUUUGCUGUUGUAUUUAUUAAAUCGAAAAUUUUAUGGUAAAACUUGAAAAGAAGAGAGGAUUAAAUUAUGUUACUUAUAUAGCUAUAUUAAUAUGAAAAUUAUGCACUUGUGCAAUGUCCUCUUGCAAUUAUGAGUCUUUAAACAAAGAUUUGUCACAUAUUCUUUAUAGUUCGUGAAAGUUUUAGAUUUGAUUUACAAAAUUCACAAUUACCGUAUAACAAUUUUUAAAAUAUGAUUAAUAUUUGUAAAUAAUUAUAUUUAGAAGAAUCUGACUUUUUUAAUACAAGAUUUCGUGGUAUGCAUGUAUCUAUUAUUGUGAAUGACCAGUAUAACAUAACAAGGUAUAGACAAAUUUUACGAGAUCUUACAAAUUUAUAUAUAAUGUAAAACUUGCCUGCAAUGAUUCAAUUGCUUUUAAUUUCAUGUAAUAAGAUAUAUUUAACAAUAAUACACAAAGAAAAUCUAUGGAA